AUGCCUCGCGGUACUGCGAAGGGCGGUGCGAAAGCACCCGCCAAGGCUGCUGUCCGAAAGGCGCACGCCAAGAGCUCUAAGCGUCAUACCAAAGGCUCAGCACUCCAGGAGGUUACUAAGGUAGCCUCCGAGGCGGUUGAUGCCUCGGGUAACUCGACUGCGAGCAAGCGACGACGCUCGCGCUGCAGUCGGUCGCCCUCUAUGUCCCCAGACGACCGUCCGAACCCGCGGUUCUCGUGCCGUGAGCACAGUCCUGGUUCCGAGGACGAGGCCAAGGCCCGGAGCUUCCGCAUCGUGUCUGGGAGCUCCGUGGGAGGGCUCACUCCGGUGCCCAGCGAGCACAGCGUUGACAGCUUGCACUCGCUCGCUAGUGAUCAC